AUGUCUGAACCCACUUCUCCGAUCUUUCCCCCUGCACAUUCCCUCUUCAAGCGAUGCGUAUCAUGUGGAUCCUCUUCCCCGGUCUGUCCGUCCUGCCCCUCAGGCCAGACAUGUACCAUGACCGCCCAGAGCUGCAAUGAAUGUGCUACCACCAAGUGUGUAUCAACCGGUGAAUCUAGUUCAGCACCCGCAAAAUCCAAGUCUGAAACACCCGCCAUCGCCGGUGGUGUCGUGGGAGGAGUCGCCGGCAUCGCUCUCAUCGUCUUCCUAGUAUAUUGGUUCCUCAUUCGCAAGAAGCGGCAGGAACGCGCGGCCCAAGCAGAGAAGAGUAGCCAAUUCACAGCUGCCCGGGAAGAGCGCAAAUCAACACACUCCAUUGCGUCAACCGUCCUCACUCGUGCCUCAAACGUCAUUCAGAUCGCCUACAUUCCCGGCGUCACCAAUCGAACCCCUCCGCACAGUCCAAACACGCUUGUCCCACCAGUGCCCCCACUCCCAGGUGCCCACCCAGACCAGCACUUCUUCAUGCCCGGUGACCUGCGAGACUCCACAUGGACCACCAGCACAGCAGGCGGACACCAGAGCUUCUCACCCACACUACGAAGCAGCGUCGCAACAACCAUAUACCGUAGCGAUGCAAUCGUCAGCGAAACCCCAGCCCAGCAGAUCCAACGCUCCCGUGCAAACAUCGUCAGCGUGCACAGUGGCCAAAGCACCCCCAGCACCCCAACAGGCCCCGUCCCAGUCCUCAUCACGCCUCGGGACGCACCAGCCGUACCAGCCAUUACGCCAUCCCAAUUAGCCAAGGCAGACGCAAUGACGAACAGUGGCUCAUCCAUCGUGGCCCGAACAGUAAUGGCCAAGCCCGUCAUGGUCCGCGGCCCCUCACUAAAGAAGAAGGACGAGCAAAAGAAGGCUGUCGCACCCGCAGCACAGGCAGAAACGCCCGUAUCAGCACUAUCAUCUCCCAACAGUGGUGUAUUCGACGGCCAAAAAUCCGCCUUUGAAGGAGUUUCCUCAGAAGAAGACAAUGCGCCUUCAGUCGUGUCUUCGAACCGUCUCUCAAAUCAGACACCGCCCCCACGUGUGCAAAGUCCUUUCGCGGAUGAACACGAGGUAAAGGGAUAG